AUGCCGAUUCAUGCUCAGUGCAUGAAGCUUGACGACCACCCGCCGUUGAAGGUCGCGUUUGGCGUAUUUUCUCCAGUAUCACGGCUUACUCCUGUCGCUGUUCUACUCGUUUAUCUCGUUGGCGUUCCAGAUACGCUGUCAGCCAACAAUCUCAAUGCCUACGGCCACGGUCCGUCCGUAGUCUUCUGGAUGCUUAACUGGGUCGGCAUGGCAUCGCUCGGGUUCCCAUGCAUGAAUAUGGCGAUGAUUCUAGAAUUCCCAUGGAGCUCGCUUUUCUUGACCUUCUGGGUUAUCACCAACAUCGCCACUGGUUCUGUGCUAUCGAUGUCGCCAAUGGUUUCUAUAGAUGGGGGAUCGAAAGAGAUAUGA